UGAAGCAAUCGAUUCCCCACUUAUUUUAUCUCAAUCACCCGGCGCAACAACCGGUUACUCCAUGUGCUUUCCCUUCCUCCACUUUACAUUUUUAUUUAUAAAUAGCAAUCUCUUGUUGAAUUGUAUGCUUCAUUGCUACGAUGGGAAACUGCAUCACAAACAACAAAAUAUUAGCACAAGAUGAUCAUGAAAGCUACAACAAUCAAGUAAAAGUUGAGAAGAUGAAAACAUGUUCAUCGUUGAAGUUCGAACCGAAGCCGAGGAAAGAAAAGAAGAAUAAGAAGGUAAGAUUUGAGAUACAAAAUGAUGAAGAAGUUGAUAGAAGAAGUGAUGGUAAUAAUUCUAGAAAUGUGAGGAGGAUUAGAGUGGUGAUGACUCAAGAAGAGUUGAAAAAGAUGUUGAGUUGCAAAGAUGAAUAUGAGAACACUACAUUGGAGCAAUUACUUGGUGUUAUGAGGUUAAGAGGAGGGAAAAUUUGUAAACAUGAUUUGGGUGUAGAUUCUUGGAAGCCUGCUUUAGAAAGCAUUCCAGAGGAUCAAUUAGUUAAGUAGUAAUUUUUUCUUUAGACGAAGUGGUAAUAAUUAUUACAAACUUAAACAAUCGUAAGUAUAGAGUUCAAAUCUUAAAGAUUGUGCCCAACUUAUCAAUAGAAAUCGAUUUCUAUUUGUUGAGUUAGGACUGUUGAGUUAGGAUUUGACAAAUAGUAAAAAUAUGUUUUGUUAAUAAUGAUAACUUUGUAUAAAUGAUAAUAAUGAUUUUUUUUUUUUAUUUUGGUACACCGUAUUAAUUUUCAUUUUAGUUGAUGUAGGAGUUUGACUGGAAUUCCAUAUCAAUUGGAGGAGGGUUUUAAUUUGCUAGAGAAGAAAACUAAUUAAAGGGGGGUGAAUAUUAUACAGAUUGUUUAGAUGAGGCCUUGACUCUACAAUUUCAUGCUCUUUGAAUGUUUAUUCUUAUUAAACAAAUACAUUAAUAGUUGUUUUGGCCAAACAAAAGCAGUGCAUCCGAGGAGUUGUCUGUUUUUGUUUAGACUUAUGAGCAAUGAACAAAUUGCAAACAUAAGUUGGUUUUCAAAUUUUAGCUGUAAACCUCUAG